AUGGCUCCUCCACCUCCCUCAAACUUGCCACUUCCUGAGAGGCUAAAGGCUCUCGUUCAAACAUUACAGUAUGUGGACUGCAUUGCACAUAGGUCUCAUGAUCGGGUUACUGACGAAGAUGGUGUGAACACUACAGAUUUGCUUGGUUUGCUGGGACCCCUUCGAAGAAUGCAGGAGCAUUACCUGGCAGGUUCACUGACCAUAUACAGGCACGUGACGCUUCUCAUCUCUGUUUUCCGUUAUCUGUUGUCCUAUGUCACCUUCAACUACUACUCCUCUGCUGCACAGGUGACAUAUCGUCUGGCAUUUAUUGCGGCUGCCGGAACAUACGGAAUUGUUGUGUACAAGGCACACAUCGCCCGAGGCCGCCUCCAGGGCAGCGUUCCCAGUAUUGUGCUGAAGCUCGCUGGAGACGAAAAUGUCCAGUACCUUGGAAUGGCUUUGGUGUGGCUCUACUCUCGCCAGAUUCCUCUGGCUCUUCUUCCCUUCAGCGUGUACUCCGUUUUCCACGUUGCCACCUAUACACGUGCCCAUUUGAUUCCUACUUUGCAACCUCCUAGCCAGGGUGCGACUAGCGUAACCUCCCCGUCCACCCCUGGCUCUCCCAGGCCUGCUGCGAAGCAGUCUCCUUUGGCAGAUACCAUUGGAAGAUUUGUCAAACAAUAUUACGAUGCCAGCAUGGAUCUUGUUGCCGGGCUCGAGAUGGCACUCCUCUUCCGAUUGGUGGUUUCCCUACUCACCUUCUCCAAGGGCAGCAUCGUUCUCUUUAUCCUCUACCUGGCUUUCUUCCGCGCCAGAUAUUCCCAGAGUUCUUUUGUCCAGCAGGCUGUCCGCCAUUUCACCGCCAGAGUCGAUGCCUCGGUCUCUCACCAGAGCACUCCUCCCGCUGUUCGCCAGGGUUGGGAACAAUUCAAGAACGUUGUGCGCCAGGGAUACGAGAUCACGGAUGUGGGCCGCUACACCUCCGGCGCUGCUGUCAAGAAGCCUCAGUAG